GACUUGAAACCAGAGCCGUACGGUACUUAAAUAAUGAUGCUAUUGGCGUUUUUUGAUCGCUGUUCUUCCCUGCUUUUUCUACAGCUGCAGGGAAGUCGACGUUUGUGAAUCUUCUCAAGCAAGCCGAUGAGGAAUGGGAAGUCGUUCCGGAGCCUGUAGCUAGAUGGUGCAAUGUUCAGCAAAACUCUGAAGACGAUUGCGAGGAGCUGACUUCAUCGCAGAAGGGUGGCAGAAACGUGCUUCGGAUGAUGUAUGAGAAACCAGAGAGGUGGUCUUUCACUUUCCAGACCUACGCGUGUCUCAGCAGGAUCCGGGCUCAGCUCCGAUCCCUCGAUGGCAAACUCAGAGAGGCGGAGAAUCCUGUGGUCUUCUUUGAGCGAUCUGUUUACAGCGACAGAUAUAUCUUUGCAGCUAAUUUAUAUGAGUCUGAUUGCAUGAAUGAAACUGAAUGGACUAUUUACCAAGACUGGCAUGACUGGAUGAAUAAGCAGUUUGGUCCAAGCCUAGCGCUGGAUGGGAUCAUUUAUCUCAGAGCCACUCCUGAGAAAUGCUUAAAUAGGAUUUACUUGCGUGGAAGAGAUGAAGAGCAAGAAAUUCCUAUUGAAUAUCUGGAGAAGCUUCACUACAAACAUGAAAGUUGGCUUCAGCAUAGGACGCUGCGGACGGAUUUUGAAUAUCUACAGGAAAUACCUAUUUUAACGUUAGAUGUUAAUGAAGACUUCAAAGGCAAAAAGGACAGAUAUGAUCACAUGACUGAAAAGGUCAAAGAAUUUUUGAGCACGUUAUAAUCCGCUUUGAAGCACAGGCAGAGUCAAACUGUUCCAAACAUCUGUGCGAUCAAAGUCUGAAGUACAGCUUCUGCUUUUUUAGAAGGCCUCUGGAGGGGCAGGACUCAAUCCUGUUGAUUUAAUUGUGAGGAACAAACAAACUUUGUGAAUAGGAAAUUAUUAAAUAAAUCCGUAGGUCUGUUUAGUAUUACAGUAACGCAUGCAAAUUCGGAAGAUAGUAGGAUUCUGGGAGUUCCCAAAUAUUGCGCCGAUUUCUAGUCAAACCAGUAAGUUCUUCUGGAGUAUCUUAUUGUAUUUUUUUAAUUUAUUUUGUGCCUGGUAGCUAUUUAAUGUUCAGGAAGGUAGUGGUUUUUUUAGAACUCUUGAACAUUUUUUAGUGGAAUUGAUUUGUAAUGGAUGUCUCAUUGUUCUGAGGAAGAAAUAAGUCAAAACCAUUUUUGCUGGUGAGGGAAUUUUAAUAUAACCUGGAGUUUUAUAUCGUAAGGUGUAAAGAAAUGCCGCCUGACAAUUGUGAUAGAUGAAGUUCUUGGCAGAAUACACUGAAUUAAACCAAAUCCAAAAGAUGGCUGAAAUUCUGUAGGUAUCAAAUUAGGUUUUGUAUCUGUUUUGAUUGUGUACUGCAAACUAGGAUAUAGGCUUUCUGGUCUCUAGCAUGUUUGGGUUUGGUGAUUUUUAAAUUUUUUUUUUUUUUUUAACUCUUAACAGCCAAAACCAGGUCUAUUUUAUUGGUAAAUCCUGUUUUCCUGUAGAGGAGUAUGCUUGCUUGAUGGUACCCUAAAAGGAAGAAGAAAAUUUUGCAAACGGCCUCCGUCUGUAAAUGACGUGUCUCUAACCAUUUCCUUAAUCACGUUUCGGAUGUCAGAGGUGGCUUCCUGCUUUUGUUCCAGCUUCUCCAUUUGUUCACUGGGCAUUCUGGAUGCUUGUAUGAGAUGCUACAAUAUUUGAAGUAGGCUGUCCUUUCUCAUCUUGUAGUAGUAAGAAGGGCAGACCUUUGUGGAGUAGCUGCUGUUCUGGCGUAUCUUGUUUUAUUGACUGAGCCACUUUUGUUUCAGGUGCAAAAAACAGAAACGACACAGGGUACGCAUCUCAAGUACUGUGUUUUAUGAGCUGCUUUGUUCUGCUUUAAACAUUUCUGAACGAUUGCACAGCUGGCUUUUGAAUGCAAAAUUUUAUUGUCAAGUGUUUUUAUUGCCUACUGUGGUGCCUGUGUUACCUGCUAAUUAGAGAUGAAAUUUCUUCCAUUGUGGUUGGAAUUGUGCUGGCGUUCUCUAAC